AUGCUUAAAGCUAAAAUUGAGCCUGAUGAUCGUGGAACGAUAAAUGGCAUUGAAGUAAUGAGAGUUGUAAGACAAGGAAAACAUGCUGUUCAUUUCAUUCCUGAAGUAAUCCCAGAAGCAACUGAGGUUGAACUUGUUGUCAACUGGUCAAGAAGGUUUGAUCACAUGCAGCAACAUUCAGGACAGCAUCUAGUUUCUGCAAUCAUUGAAAACCAGUUUGGUUAUGAAACUACUUCAUGGGAAUUGGGAAAAUUACGUUCUCACAUAGAACUCAACAGCAAAAAGCUCACAGCUGAAGAAAUGGAAUGGAUAGAGACAACAGCCAAUGAAAUUAUCAGGAACAGUACGCCAGUGAAUGUACAUGUGUAUCCAAGUGCUUCAUGUCCUGAACUAGAACAUGCAACUACCAGAGGUCUUCCUGAUGAUCAUGAGGGUCCAGUGAGAGUGAUUGAAAUACCAGGCAUUGACAGGAAUAUGUGUUGUGGAACUCAUGUUAAUAAUCUAAGCCAAGUUCAGGUUAUCAAGCUUUUUCCUGAAACGGAAUCAAUGCGAGGAGGCACAAGGCUGUUCUUUCUUGCUGGUGACAGAGUUUUAAAGUACCUUGGGAAGGCUUUAGAUAAUGAGAGAGCAUUGACAAGACUGUUAAGUGUUGGACCAGACGACCAUGCAGUAGCUGUGGAUCGGAUACAAAAUUCACUCAAGUCUGUCAAUAAGGUUACGAAGUCUCAGCUAAAAGAGAUUGCACAGUUGGAAGCUUAUCAGCGAAAGGCGACCAGUGAAACAAAAACAUACAUUUAUAUACACAGAGAAAAUGGAGACAUGGACUACAUGAAUGCACUUGUGAAUCAGUUGUCGGAUCAACCUCUUCCCGUACUAGUGACAGUUGGACCUGACAAAGGGCCUGGGCAAUUCCUUCUUUGUGGAGACGAAAAGCAAGUGUCUCAAAUAGGACCUCAGAUUGCCACUCUCCUUCAAGGCAAAGGCGGAGGAAAAAAAGGAAGAUACCAAGGGAAGGCUAGCACUUUGAAAACAAGAAAUGAUGCUGAAGAGUUCCUAAAGGAAUUCACUGCCCUGUCAAUGAACGGCACUGCAUGACGUUUAGUUAUGUAGUAAUUUGAAACUUGUGUCCUCAGGUGACACUUGCUUCAAUGGUCUCAAUUCAAUAACCAAGAAAUAGGAUAACUAUGGACCACAAUCCAGUCUUGAAUAAGCAUAGUUAUUAACACCCUUAAAAGGAUGGAAAGAAAAUAACGGAAGUUUUACUUUGUAUAAUCCACAGGCCCUGUAUUGAUAAACUUAGCAAUGGGAUAAUCAAUACUACCCUGCUUUGGGGAAAGCGACUCUCUGCAGGGUAAAUAAGUUCAUUUUCAUGUCGUAAAUGAAAGUGGUGAAAGAAAAUUCUACCUUAACGUAAACUUGAAACUGGCUGUAUCGCAUUUACUUGCGUUGUUUAAAUAUGCAACCAUCACUCAUCCAUACAUCCAUUUCUUAUUAUAAUUAAAUUCAGGCUUAAGUUCUCCAUUAACGUUUCUAAUACCAUUUGAAAGGGUCUGUGCUAUUGAAAUAUUUCACGGGAGAGAAACCCUUCUCAACCCAGGGGGGUGGGGAACUCCCAUAGAAAAAGGACAGGGGUGCUC